CCCGUGUAAAAUUUAUUCUUGCCACUGCGCUUGCACGGCUUGCGGAAGGGAGGCCAGCUGUGUUAAUGCCUAGACUCCUUGAAUGACAGAUCAACCAGUCACUCGAUGGGGAGCAACGGCGGACCACCUUUUUGUGUCACCUUCCCUCUUCUCUGUAGCAAGAAAAGUCACUUCAGCACCUCUUCGAUAAUAAUGAUGAAACUGGUAUUAACUGAAUGGCAAUUAUGGAUUUUUAACUCUAAUUCACAGUAAGCCAGCAAAGCCAUAUGUUUCAAAUCCAACCCAAAGUCAUUCUGUUCUGCUGCGUGUCUCACCCGAUUGUUAGAAGUGGAGAGAUCUCUGUCUGCGCAAAGAGGGAUAUAAGCAUUACUUGCCGGAGGAGCACGACUGGAGCAGAAAGAGAAGGCGUCCUAAUUUAUCCUUAACGAUAUAUGAUAGCAUUAUUUAUAUAGAUAGAGGAAAUAUAUAUAUAUAUAUUUUUUUGGUGGUAAUGAAAAUGGCUCCGCAAAAUGCCGACUCGGAAUCUAUGCAAGUUCAAGACUUGGCUGUGCCCCUGCCGGACCUGCAGAAGCCCGGAAGCACGGACGCCCACUAUGAGACCAUCAGCGAGGGGUCCAUCGACCGGAUCCCCGUGCGCCUGUGGGUGAUGCACGGGGCCGUGAUGUUCGGCAGGGAGUUCUGUUAUGCCAUGGAGACGGCGCUGGUCACGCCCAUCCUGCUGCAGAUUGGCCUUCCGGAGCAGUACUACAGCCUCACCUGGUUCCUGAGCCCCAUCCUUGGCCUCAUCUUCACACCCGUCAUCGGCUCCGCCAGCGACCGGUGCACCCUGAGCUGGGGCCGCCGGCGGCCUUUCAUCCUGGUCCUGUGCAUCGGCGUGCUCUUGGGCGUGGCGCUGUUCCUGAAUGGCUCUGCCAUCGGUCUGUCCCUCGGUGAUGUCCCCAACCGGCAGCCCGUCGGCAUCGUCCUCACAGUGCUGGGGGUGGUCAUCCUGGAUUUCAGUGCUGAUGCGACCGAGGGCCCCAUCCGUGCCUACCUGCUGGACGUGGUGGACAGCGAGGAGCAGGACAUGGCCCUCAACAUCCACGCCUUCUCCGCCGGCCUCGGCGGGGCCAUCGGCUAUGUGCUGGGGGGGCUGGACUGGACCCAGACCUUCCUGGGCGCCUGGUUCCGGACGCAGAACCAGGUGCUCUUCUUCUUUGCGGCCAUCAUCUUCGUGGUGUCGGUGGCCCUGCACCUGUUCAGCAUCGAGGAGGAGCAGUACAGCCCCCCCCAGGAGCGCGCCGGGGAGGCGGCCGACAGCCCGCCCCCCGCCCCCCGCCCCACCAUGCUGGAUGGCGGCAGCGCCUCGUUCCCGGCGGAGGUGCAGUCGGAGCACGAGCUGUCGCUGGACUACCUGGGCGUGGACAUGGUGCGAAGCAAGAGCGACUCUGUGCUGCAUGCGCCGGACGCGGCCCUGGACCUGGAGCCCGAGCUGCCCUUCCUUCCCGACAUCGAGCCCUCCAUCUUCCACGACGGCUCCUGCCCCAGCACCCCGCGCAGCACCAGCCAGGAGCUCACCUGGGCCAGGCCCUACCGCCUGGCCUCGGUGCUCAGGGAGCGCGUGAACGAGGACGAGACGCUGCUCGAUAAGCACCUGGAAGAAGCCAGAGUCCCCAACGGAAGUGGCUCGCCCCCGAAGGACGGCCUUGGGGUCUACCCCAGGGUGGACAUGAAACCCGUGGCCGCGUCCAGCUCCAUGAGGCGGCGAAGGCACACGUUCCACCGGCAGGCCUCCAGCACCUUCUCCUACUACGGCAAGAUCGGCUCCAACUGCUACCGCUACCGGCGGGCCAACGCCGUGGUCCUCAUCAAGCCGUCGCGCAGCAUGAGUGACCUGUACGACCUGCAGAAGCGGCAGCGGCAGCGGUGCCGCCACCGGAACCAGAGCGGGGCCACCACGUCCAGCGGCGACACGGAGAGCGAGGAGGGGGAGGGCGAGACCACGGUGCGGCUGCUCUGGCUGUCCAUGCUCAAGAUGCCCAGGGAGCUGACGCGGCUCUGCCUCUGCCACCUGCUCACCUGGUUCUCCGUCAUCGCCGAGGCCGUCUUCUACACCGACUUCAUGGGCCAGGUCAUCUUCGAGGGGGACCCCAAGGCCCCCUCCAACUCGACGGCCUGGCAGGCCUACAACGCCGGCGUGAAGAUGGGAUGCUGGGGCCUGGUUAUUUAAGCGGCCACCGGUGCCAUCUGCUCAGCCCUGUUGCAGAAGUGCCUGGACAACUACGAGCUGAGUGUCAGGGUCAUCUACGUGCUGGGGACGCUGGGCUUCUCCAUCGGCACAGCCGUGAUGGCCAUGUUCGCCAAUGUUUACGUCUCCAUGGUCAUGAUCAGCACCAUGGGCAUCGUCUCCAUGAGCAUCUCCUACUGCCCCUACGCCCUGCUCGGGCAGUACCACGACAUCAAGGAGUAUGUCCGCCACAGUCCCGGGAGCUCCAGGCGCGGCUUCGGGAUCGACUGUGCCAUCCUCUCCUGCCAGGUGUACAUCUCCCAGAUCCUGGUGGCGUCUGCCCUCGGGGGUGUGGUCGACGCUGUCGGCACCGUGCGCGUCAUCCCCAUGGUGGCCUCCGUGGGCUCUUUCUUGGGCUUCCUGACAGCCACGUUCCUGGUGAUCUACCCAGAUGUGUCGGAAGAGGCCAAGGAAGAGCAGAAGGGCCUGUCUUCCCAGCCUUCGGGCGAAAGCGGGGGCGGCGGCGAGAAGCCCACCGUCCUGAGGCUGACCCGGAAGGAGGGCCAGCCGAGGAAGCUAGAGACAGAGUCGAUGGUCUGA